AUGACACAUUUUUCCUCUGUGUUUUUAGGUGUGCCAGCCAACAUUGCUGAUUUGAAAAACUUGGAGGUUCUCAACUUUUUCAACAACCAGAUUGAGGAGCUUCCAACGCAGAUCAGCAGCCUUCAGAAGCUCAAACAUCUUAAUCUUGGCAUGAACCGGUUAAAUUCCUUACCAAGGGGAUUUGGCUCUUUGCCAGCACUGGAAGUCCUUGAUCUGACUUAUAACAACCUGAGCGAGACCUACUUACCUGGAAACUUCUUUUACUUAACCACCCUGCGUGCUCUCUAUCUAAGUGACAACGAUUUUGAAACCCUGCCGGCCGAUAUUGGGAAGCUCACAAAGUUGCAGAUAAUUAGUCUGCGGGAUAAUGACCUAGUAUCGCUGCCUAAAGAGGUAGGGGAGCUGAGUCAGCUUAAGGAGCUGCACAUACAAGGAAACAGGCUGACUGUGCUGCCCCCAGAACUUGGUAAGUACUGGUAA